AUGGAGACCGAGACACAACUGAGGAUUAGAGAUGAACAGAUCUUGGCCCUGCAGAAGGAAGUAACUGAGGUCAAAGAUCAGUUGGAAGGAGUCGAGACCAGUAAGAGGCGUUCAUUGUGUUUGGCGCGGGAGCGAGUGGAGCAAUGGAAGAAGACCCAACAACAGAAGCCGUUACCAAAGAAAGACCGUCAGCUCCAGACUCUGAUGGAGGGUAACGAGUCCAUGACGUCUGAUAAUCAGACAGAGACUGGGCCACAGGUACCACUGGAUCAGACGGUACAUUUAGAGACAGACGGCGGGAUAGAGACUGCGAUAGAGGGCGAGAUAGAGACAGAGGUCCAAGCCUGA